UGUGUUCUGUUUUCAUAACACUAAAAAGGCAAAUUACAUAUGUGUGAAAUUUAGUUGUGGGCUGGAGUUCGAGCCUUCUAUUUCUUAGAGUCGUGUAGAUCCCUUGUUUAUUUGGUCACAAUGAAGUAUUUCGGCUGUAUUUUCAUAUUUGUUUUACUGUUGGCAAUCGACACUAAACCAACUGAGGCUGUCUGUGGCUAUGAGUCUUGUCCCGAAACAAAACCCAACAUGGUCAACAUCCACCUGGUGCCACACUCCCAUGACGAUGCUGGCUGGCUGAAGACCGUGGAUCAGUACUACUAUGGCCACAAGAACAGAAUCCAGCAUGCUGGUGUCCAGUACAUUAUCGACACUGUCGUCUCGGAGUUGAUUAAGGAUCCCAAGCGUCGCUUUAUCCAGGUGGAGACUUUGUUCUUUGCCAAAUGGUGGCAGGAACAGUCGGAGGAAGCGCAGCAAAGUGUCAAGAUAUUGGUCAACGAAGGUCGCCUGCAGUUCACGGGCGGAGCUUGGAGCAUGAACGACGAGGCGGCAGUCAACUAUCAGAGUGUGAUCGAUCAGUUUACCUUGGGGCUAAAAUGGUUGGAUGAGACUUUUGGCGCCUGUGCCCGUCCCCGCAUUGGCUGGCAGAUCGAUGCCUUUGGUCAUUCCCGUGAGCAGGCCUCGAUCUUCGCCCAAAUGGGCUACGAUGGACAGUUCUUUGCCCGCAUGGAUCACAGCGAUAAGAUCAAUCGAUUGGAUACUCUGGCCAUGGAAAUGAUUUGGAACGCCAGCGAGUCGCUGGAUCAAAUGGAACUCUUUACCGGAAUGCUGUACAACCACUACAAGAAUCCUCCUGGCUUUUGCUUUGACUUGCUGUGCCAGGACCCACCCAUUAUUGAUGGCAGCAGGUACGACAACAAUGUGGAGGCCAGGGUGCAUGAUUAUAUCAUAUGGGCCCAAGAGCUGGAAAGGCACUACCGCUCAAAUCACAUCAUGGUGCCAAUGGGGGAUGAUUUCCAUUAUGAAUAUGCCCAGAGAAACUUUAAAAAUAUGGACAAACUGAUUAAAUAUGUCAACCAGCUUCAGUUCAAGUACCAUGUCUUCUACUCAACCCCAGGAUGCUAUCUAAAUGCCUUGCAUCAGACCCUUGCCACAUGGCCCAACAAGACGCAGGACUUCUUCCCCUACGCCAAUGACUCCAACAGCUUCUGGACCGGCUACUACACCUCUCGACCCACCCAGAAGCGCUUCGAACGCGAUGGCAACCACAUGCUGCAGACGGCCAAGCAGCUCAGUGUCUUCGCCGGACUCUCGAGCGAGCAGCAGAAGAAGGAUCUGGACAAGCUCCGACAGAUAAUGGGAGUGAUGCAGCACCACUAUGCCAUCACCGGAACGGAGAAGCAGGCGGUGUCCAACGACUACGAUCGCCUGCUCUACGAGGGCAUCAUCGGAGGAGCCGGCAAUGCCCGGGAUGCCCUGCGAGUGCUGACCAACCUGCCGGAGGGGGAGUUCGAGAGCUGCCUGCAGCUGAACAUCAGCGAGUGCGCCUUCACCAAGGACGGUGCGGACAAUGUGGUGGUGACCCUGUUCAACCCAUUGGCCCACACCUCCUCCCAGUAUGUGCGAGUGCCCGUGAAGGAGGAGAGCUACCAGGUGACGGACGAGAAGGGACGCGUGGUGGCCUCUGAAGUAGUUCCAGUGGCCUGGCAGGUGCUGGCUCUGGGAUACCGCCAGAACAGCACUCAGCACGACCUCGUGUUCAAGGCAUCCGUGAAUAAGAUCGCCAGCUACUACAUCAAGAAGGUCGUAAAGGCUGAGAGAGACAACGAAAUUGUAUGGCACAAGAAAUUGAAAGAAGUUGAAACCCACGCCGAAGAAGAUGAUUCCGAAACUGUGGUGCAAACGUCGCAGAUCAAACUGGUGAUCGACAAUAAUUCGGGACGCUUGAAGAAAGUUGAGAUGAACGGAGUCUCGGAGAACAUUGAGCAGAACUUUGGAGAGUACGUUUCGAAACGAUCGAGCCAGUAUAUUUUCUCUGAGGGUGAACCUUUGAAUGUGCUGACAGCCGAUGUAAAGUUCGUCGUAUAUGAUGGGGAUUUGGUGAAGGAAGUGCACCAGCAGUUCAACGAAUGGAUCUCCCAGGUCAUUCGUAUCUCUGAGGGUGUCAAUCGUGUAGAGUUUGAAUGGCUAAUUGGUCCUGUCAACAAAGAGAUCGUCACAAUCUUUGAUAGUGAAAUCUCAUCGAAUGGCGUCUUCUAUACUGACUCCAAUGGUCGCGAGAUCAUCAAGCGUGUAAAGGACAAGCGCGAGGAUUUCACACCCGACUUGGAGAAUGAACCGACGAGCGGCAACUAUUAUCCAGUCACAUCUCGCAUUUACCUGCAGGAUAAUGCGAAGCGAAUGGUCCUACUGAACGAUCGGUCUCAGGGCGGAACAAGCAUAGUUGACGGACAGCUGGAGCUCAUGCUGAACCGCCCUAUCUAUACCACUAAUAUCUUUGGUAAUGUCGCACACUUUCAGCUCCGUUCAGUACCUUUUGCACGUGGAAAAGUGUUUCUCAUGCUCAAUGCAGUCUCAAAAGAAAGUACUUUUGCUGAGCGUCUGGCCGAAAAGGAGAUUCAUUUGCCCUUUUGGAAGUUCUUCAGCAGUUACAGCAACGUGAACCGCAAUGCUGCUGUUAAAUCAUUUCCCGACUUUAAUUUCUUGCCGCGGUCGGUGCAUUUGCUUACCCUGGAGCCCUUUACCGAGCAUGAGAUUCUGCUGCGCCUGGAGAACUUCGUGGAUGACUUGGCAGCAGAGGCUGUUCGCUUCAACAUUCGCCCCAUAUUCGAUGGCUUGGGCGGUGUGGAGAUUCGCGAGACCACCUUGGAUGGCAAUCUGCCACUGAGCGAAAUGAAACGCAUGAAAUUCCAACACGAUGCUGCAGGCUCAAGGCCCAAAACAGCCGAGUACUUUACAGCGCAGCACAAGCCCUUGUCGGCGCAUAAGUCACAGGAGGCCUCCGAGUUCAGUGUCAGCCUGAAGCCCAUGCAAAUUCGCACAUUUAUCAUACGAAAGUAGAUUUAGUAGAUUUAAUUGAACUCCAGUGCCAAUGAUUGUGUAAAACAUGGCAGAUAAAUUUUUGUUGCAACAGCUAAUAAUUAAAAUACAAAAAUUGGAAUAGUGG